AUGAGCGAAGGCCCAAAAGUCGAUGUUCACUCAACAUCGAAGGACACCAGUGCAUACCAAGAUGCCGAACAGAAAAGUUCUCCUCGUUUCGAGGGGGGAAAUCUGGACGCGUUCAAGAGUGAUGAGCGAUUUUCAGAGCAUGUUUCUAGCGACGAAGAUGAUAUCAUGAACUUGACUUUAAAUACCGAUGCAGCGGAAAAUCUGAGUUUGGCGCUUGCAAGACGACAAUUCACGAAGCUCGAAGUUGUCCAAGCGAGACAGAUUGAAUCCAUUCUACGGUGGCAUCAUGCUUUUGUUGGAGUAGGUGUACUAUUCACUCUCCUACUCGUUGUCCUGAUGAAUACAGCCUUCUUAGAUGUCUGGAUUACUCCGAAAGACCAAGGAUGGAAAUUCGAUAUCCGUCAAUACGAUCCCCCAGAUGCUAUAGUGUGGAUUAAUCAAGUGGCAGCUAUCCCGCUGUUCGUAUAUGCGCUUGCAUUGUGUAUUAUAUUCACAACGAGGAUAAUGGGAAUGAUACCAACGUCCCGAACAAAAGAACAAAUUUGGGUCAUCUUUCUUCUUUUCUCAAUCGUAAUAUACAUGAAUCCCUUUCCUGCGAUCAAGAAGAUUCAUGAUGUUCUUCUUCACAGGAAUGAAGUAUGGUUGCAAUGGGGGCAAAAGCAAUGGUGUCAGAAUCUUUUGGUUGUAUCCAACGUUAUGAGGGUUAGUGGCUUUACUGCGACAACGGUAUUUUAUAUCUGGGCUAGCAUUCAUUCCUAUGGUAUCCUGGAGUCAAAGAUAGACUGGAGGUUUUACGUCCCGAAAGUCGUCGUGCUACUUAUCUAUAUCGCUUCCAAAAUUGUCGUCACGUUCGAGUACAAGAUCUACCCUGCGGAGCUUUUCUUUGCGACUUUCGUCGGUAUGGUAUCCGUGUACAGUGCCGCGAACACGUGGCCGCUGCCUGGAGUUGUUUAUGCUACCCUCACAUUUGUCUUCGAAAUAAUCCUAUCCGCGUUCAUUUGCCGUGAAUACCAAAAAACGAAGAAAGUCCUGAAGAAUGCUGACUAUCUACAAUAUCGAACAAAGCAAAUCGGUUUUCGCUUCUUUAUGUACCACAACAUAACAUUUUACGCUGUCUUCUCAGUGCUUUACAUUAUACUCUUGGCCGGUCUUCCAAACGGAAUCAACGUGUUCGCACUCACGCUGAGGGGAUUGCGGUAUUCCUACUUCGAUGUUCAUGACAUGGUCCUCGGUAUUCAACUACUUCUUCUUGCCUAUGCAACAGUCGAAGCUUAUGUCAAUCUUCCGGCAGAUGCACUAGGCCUAAAAGGAUGGUUUGUACCCCAAAUGCCAAAGGGGGUUGGAGCAGAAAAGUCCGAGCUUGAGCCUAUCACAUACCGCAAACGCGAACCUCCUUCUUUGCACGGAGUAGUCUCAGACCUCAGUGUUAAUUGCUUUGUCAUGCAAACGCAUGUCACGUUAUUUAAUUUCGCAUGGCUCGUAUACUACUGGGACACUCCGAAGGUCGAUAACUUCAAGCUAACGCAAGACGUGUUCAAGUUCACUGUCGCAGACUACAUCAAAGACAAGGUUUCUGACACUCAUGUGCUUGUGGUAGACGGAGCAGACAGAAUUGUGAUUGCUUUUAAGGGAACGACAUCUUCAAAGAACCUCAAAACAGAUGUUAACUUAGUGUAUUCUAAUGCUCGCGCUCUGCUGCCCACACAAAUUGGAGAGGAAGACCCAGAGGGAGACGCUGCUGCAAAAGAGAACCCUAUCUUGAAGACCAGAGAUUGGCGACGAGCAAAAAUUCAUAAAGGAUUUGCAGUUGCGUACUCGGCCGUUGGACCACGGCUUCUUUCGAUUAUCAAGAAGCUCCAAGACGAAAAGAGAAGGCCAGUAUUCCUUACAGGACAUUCGCUUGGGGGCGCCCUAGCCACGGUGUGCAGUAUGGACCUUUUCCUCAGGCUCGGAAUGACAAGAAAGGAGAUAUUUGUCUCAACCUUUGGAGCCCCGCGCGUCGGAAAUCGUCAAUUUUGGAAUGUGUACAAUGAAAACGUUCCCAUUCAUUGGAGAAUUGUUGUUGGUCCCGACGUGGUUGCUAAGCUACCGAAGGUGGGAUACAUUCAUGUCGGAAAAAAAGUUCUUAUCACGGUGGAUGGUGACCUCUUCAUUGAUCCAAAUUCUCUCGAACUGAACAUGUGGUCUGGAGACGUGGCCUCGAUUCUUUAUCACCGCAAAGCUUCGUAUCUACUCGCUAUGCGGGCUUGGUGUGAAAGACACCAUGGAGAUGAAUAUUUGCCAGAGUUCUGGCCUUUCCCUGUUUCAAAAGAUGACACUCGACGAUUCCAGCACGCUAUGAUGCGAAGCACAACAAAGACUGGGCUCAUGAUGUCGACACGCCCAACUGCGAAUAAGCGGGCUAGAAUCUUGCAUCUUGACGCUAUGAUUAACGCUCUCGGAGGUCCUGAUGUAGACGCAGCAGUUGCGGACCUGUGGAAACGAUUGGCUCGUGGUCUCAUGGAAAGAGAAUCUGCUCUCAAUCAUGUGUAG